UGUUCACAAACAAAAACAAAAAUAAAGGCUGUAGGUUCGUGUUUCUCCGGCCAGUCACACAUUCGAGCAGCACCGGAGAACUGUCAGUCCUUCAGGUCGUGGCAGCGAGGCAGCGUCGCGCGGCGAGUGAGCGGAGAAAGAAGACGGUUCCUCCGGGCUCCCGUCGAGAAGUAGCCUGACUGACUGAAGCUCGCUCACGGCUACAGGUAGCUCCUCUCCGGCGAAGAGCGCCAGAGCACGGGUCAUGCCGGUUUCUCCGGACGGAGGGCGAGCCGUGUUCCAGUGCUGCUAGUUCUCCGUGAGCCGAUUUCGCUCCGCGUCCGCCGGACCGGGAACCAAGGGGGGCGGACGGCCAUGUCCCGAAGAAAGCAGAGCAAGCCCCGCCAGAUCAAACGUUCUAUUGGAGAUCUUGACGGAGGUGAGGAGAAUCCACCUGAUGAUGUCAGUCUCUCAGGAGAGGAGGGUGGAGUGUCAGAUCAGGACGACUCAGCGGAGUGUGAUGGCUCCAGUCCCUCCUUUGCACCUCUUUAUAAUGAAGAACCGACAACACACAAGUCUCCAGGCACGCCAGACACUGGUGAGGAAGAUGAGAAGGGGCGGAAGCGCAGCAGUGAGGAAGAAGAGCAGAUGGAAGAGGACGAGGAAGUGGAGCCAAACUGGAAUGGGCCAGAUGAUUUGGAGCUGAGUGAUGGGCCGGAAGACCCUAAGGUUGUGGCCCAUAGGGACCUGUUGGUGGACACAGUGUGGGGACCUUUCUCUGGAACCAUCCAAUCAGUCGAGGCUUCUGACGGAACAUCCAAUGAGAGCCCUGCGCUGACUCUCAUGUGUGAGGACGCUGACUGCUGGCUUACUAGGAUUCCUGUGACCUCAUCUUCUUCAGAGGCAAACUGCACAAUUUACAGUAAAGGUGAUGAGGUGUUCUGUAAGCUCACUCAGGAGCUCUGCAGUGGAGAAGCUUUAAUGGCCACACUGUCCUGGCCCGUCAUGGAGCGGCAGUCCACCACACAAACUGAUAACACACCAGUGAAGGAGGAGCCUGCAUACCCAGCAGCUCUGCCCUCAGAAAUCCAGCUUCUCCCACAGCAGGCUGGAAUGGCCGCCAUCUUGGCAACCGCCGUUGUUAACAAGGACAUUUUCCCAUGCAAAGACUGUGGGAUCUGGUACAGGAGUGAGAGGAACCUGCAAGCGCAUCUCAUGUACUACUGUGCAAGCCGACAAAAGCAGAAGGCCACUGCGUCCCCUCCACAGGAGAAGCCCAAAGACUCCUACCCCAACGAGAGGGUUUGUCCCUUCCCUCAGUGCAAGAAGAGCUGCCCUAGUGCCAGUUCUCUGGAGAUCCAUAUGAGGACACACAGUGGUGAGCGUCCGUUCGUGUGCUUGAUUUGCCUAUCUGCAUUCACCACCAAGGCUAACUGUGAGCGCCACCUUAAGGUGCACACUGACACACUAAAUGGUGUGUGCCAUGGCUGCGGAUUCGUCUCCACAACACGGGACAUCCUCUACAGCCACCUGGUCACCAGUCACAUGGUGUGUCAACCUGGCUCCCGCAGCGAAGUCUACUCCCCUAAACUGCCGCUGGCCUCAGCAGGCUUGAGCCCUGGAGACUCUGGCAUAUUAUUAAAGUGUCAGGUGUGUGGCUUUUCGGCAGACACCCCUGCCCUGCUUCAGCAGCACGUCCACACCCACCUAGAGGUCAGGGUACCUGCUGAAAGGAGUCCCACACCUCGCCAGAGCAGUCCUCCUACAUCAGAGCUCCCAGAGCCCCAGGACCGAGAGCCAGCAGCCAGCGUGCCCAGGCCAGACUCCUCCAGCCCUGGGGCCAACGGUGGCUCAGCUACCUCCCUCGGCUGUAGCCCUCCAGACCAGCUGAAGAUCAAAGAGGAGCCAUGCUCUGACUCUGAAAGCGAAGCAAGGGGUGGAGAGCAGGAUGGUAAUCACUGUGCAAACACUGUGGAGCGAAGCUCUCCUCAUCCUACCUCACCUAAGAGCCCCUCAUCUAUUGCAGUGAAGGCAGAGCCAGCCAGUCCCACUCCAGGCUCUAGCCCUGUCCAUGUAGGAGCAGGGGGAUCCAUGUUACCUGGCGGGGCUGUGUUUCUGCCACAGUACCUCUUCAGCCCUGAGGCUGCCAUAAUGCCCCAGGCAUCUGAAAUCCUGGCCAAGAUGUCAGAAAUGGUUCACAGCAGGCUGAAGCAGGGUCAAGGCCCUGCAACUGGACAGCAAGGCUUCUACCCUGCAGGCUCUCCGGCCAGCGUCCACAAGGGGGCGACAUGCUUUGAGUGCGACAUCACCUUCAACAACAUCAACAACUAUUAUGCUCACAAGAGACUCUACUGCUCCAGCAGGCACCCGCAGGGGGAAGUGGCAGGCCUUGCAAAGGAUAGCCCAGUGACCACAGCUCCCCAUUCAAGUCAUGAUGCCUCUCCACAGGCUAGACCAGGUAGUCGCGCAGCCUCAGCUUCUCCAAACUACUCUGACUCAGCAGCAGCUGGCCCAGCAACUGAGGCGAAGCCGACCGAGGUUAAGAGCGAGACUCCAGGGCUGAAGGACACAGCCUGUUCAUCUUCAUCUGAGGGCGAAGGCGGUGUAGGGGGCAGGGCAAGUGAGGGCAGCCAAAGUCCGAGCGGCUCUGCUGAAGAUCUGGAUGAGGAUCCCACUCGUACUUUCUGUAAAGCUUGCAACAUCCGCUUUAGCAGGCACGAGAACUACAUUGUGCAUAAGCGUUUCUACUGUGCCUCACGCCAUGACCCUUCUAACCACCGGGCCCAGGUUGGAAAGGCUGCCUUUCUGCCACAACCUAUCCGCACACGCAAGCGCAAGAAGAUGUACGAGAUCCAUAUGGCACGAAAUGAGGCGCUGGCCACUGCUGCCGCCCUCUCUGCAGCGCAAGGGAUAUCAGUAAAACAGGAGGGUGCCAGCACCCCCCCCGGGCCAUCUAUGGCUUUGGUGUCCACCUCUGCUCGCAGUUCUAGCCCAGAAGGUGAUGGCCCCAUUGACCUGAGCAAGAAACCUCGCCUGCGAGAGACCCCAAGAGGGAGUAGCAUCACAGCAUUGCCCCUCACGGAUUACCACAAGUGUACAGCUUGCAGCAUCACUUUUAAUAGCAUUGAGAAUUACUUGGCCCACAAGACGUACUACUGCCCAGCCACCAGCUUACAACCCCACACCCUGGAGCAGCUGCACCGCAUAAAGAGACCUGCCUCCACUUCACCCAAGAACCGAGCUCCUGACCUGCAUCCUGACACCAAGGCCCAACAAACCGGGAAGCCUACAGUGGUCCCUCAUGCCUCUGUUUCACCUAGCGUAGAGUCUAGUCCUCAUUCUGUAUCUGGUGUGAAGGCUCCCAGUACUUCCCCCGUGGUUUGUCCUUACUGCCCUCCUAACCGGGCAGUGACCUCUGACCUGAUGGAGCAUUUCAGGACGGCUCAUGGCCUGGUCCUCGCCUUGCAGCAGCAAUCUGAGGCCCAGCCAGCUGGCACUAGUCCCAGCCACAGCCUUAGUCCUCGUGAUGGAGCCCCACUAACCCCUCCCAAACCAAGCCCCAGGCCCAGGAAGGACAGUGUAAAUGGUCGGAGCAGGAGGGACCCUUCCUCUCCCUCCUCACCGCUGCUUAACGGAAGUGCUGUUGGAGUCCAUUCAGCAGGUACGGGAUCUCCUAAAGCAGCUCCCCCUGCGCUCUCACCCACAGGCUCUAUCCCUUUGACUGUGUCACCUGUGCCUGAAGGCUUGAGAGAGGUGGGGUCACAUGGCCACACCCCCACUCCUUUGCUCCUCUCAGAAAACGUGCUAAGCCACACCCAUGCAGCCCCAGGCACGCCCAAGGCAGCUGUUGCCACACCUUUGCAAAAUGGGAACACUCGCUACUGCCGGCUGUGCAACAUCAAAUUCAGCAGCCUGUCCACCUUCAUCGCACACAAAAAAUACUACUGCUCCUCCCACAGUGCUGAACAUGUCAAGUGAGCUUGCCUGUCAUACCAUUACCCUCAAAUCUGCAAGUGCCAAGUGCUACGCCUACAAGUGGCAUGGCCCCACCUGAUCCAGACAGUGUAUGAAAGUGGGACUGUUACUAACCAGGCACUGAGGUUGCCAUGGCAGGCCUGCUGUUCCUGGUAUUGUUACUAUGGUAACUUAUUGCUCAUUAUGGGUCAAGUUUGUAUUACACUAAAAGAUGAGACAUGCUACCUGCACGCAGAAGUGUGCCCCACUGACCUAUGCCCACUGCAACCCUCCUUGUUCACAUUUGAGUUUAACCCACAUAUGAUAUGUACUAAUGGGACACUAGAUGUUGCUUUUUUCCCAUCCAUUAAUUCACUUUCAUAAGAUUUGUUUUAAUCACUCAUGCAUUUAAUACUGAUUUUGAUUUUGUUCAAUGGCAGUAUUGUACAUCUGUGACCCAUUGUAGUUUUCCUGAGCCUUUAAUAUUUGUGAGCAGUCACUGAUUUGGGGAAAUUCUGCCCCCUAGUAGAGAUGUGUAACUCAUUAGGCCUCUCAAUUUCAUGAUGUGCUAAGAGUUUCUUGUCCAUACACUGAAUCAUCUUACAUGAGAAAAAAACAGAGUAGCUCAAUAGAUACUUUGGUAAAGUUACCAGUUUGAGGUGGAAGAUUUUGAAGAAGGGAAAAUGUGAACUUAUUUAUCAUUUGAGUCCUCACUUAUUUCACUUCCACAGAAUACUACCUACUGUCUUUAUAAGAAAAAAAGAUUUAUAUUUUUGUUUGAAUUUUUUUUCAUACUGUCCAUAGCAACCAUUUCAAGCUAAGUGUGUUGUAUGUUCUUAUUUCUUAAGCAUAGAUAUGUGUCUUUUCACAGUAAUCGUUGGGACACUGAGUACUCCUCUUCACAAUUGUCAGCGUUGCUUUUGUCUGAUUACUAAGUGUCGGUAUAGUGCAAGAAAGAGUGCACAGUGUUCUUUCCCAGUAUUUGCUCCAUGCAUCGGGUCAGAGGUUUAAUGCAAGGUGGGUGAGAGCACCAGUCCAAUAAGAAUCUUUAUGGAGGACUGUCUUAAGAGAGAUGGGAUAAGGGCUGAGAACAGAUGAAUUACCUUUACUCUCUCUGGUCACUACUCUCUGCCUCUAACCCACCUUCCCUGAAAACAGCAACAUUCCCAGCCCUGUCGACCUGCUGAUAAACUGCUGUCUGUACUGUGUUAUAGACACCCUUUAUUGUCAAUGACAAAUCUGGAGUGGUGUGUGACUUUAGGGCACCUUUUUUCACCCUUUUUUUAAAUGAAGUUUAGCAUGGUAAACAUACAUUGCAGAUUUCUCUUGCAGACUGUAAAAUGAUGCUGAAAGCUACUGACAUAGUGUGAAACUGCCUCACACAUUUGCAUUUCUUUUUAUGGUGAGUCAGACUGGCAUCCCAGUGCAAACCCCUCAAUUCUUGCUCUCUCUGACUCGUUUCCUGUUCAUCUGUAGGAGUAUGUAAUUUGGAAGGAGCAGCGUUGUGCAAUCUUUCCUCCUUGAACAGGCUCCCUUGGCAAAGCCUUAAUGAAGACUCAAGUCAGUAUGUCUGAAAGAGCGUGUCACGUUCCAGAAUACUCCCCCACCCAGUGUCACACGCCAAGUGGACCUCCUUUCCGUUACUAGUGGCGUUUCCCAUUUCCAGUGUUACAAAAAACCACAGACCACAGACUCUGUGGCAAGAGCAGGCAAGAUUCCUCUGUGCUGUCGUGGGUUUGAAAAGGUGCUGCACCAGUCAUACUUCACACAGGACUGUUUACGAUUCCUUUGUUUUCUUCAUUGGCUAACAGUCAUAUUCAUGAGACCAAUGCUGAAAGACCAUUUUUAACUUUCUGAUUCCCCUUUUUAUUGCACUGUGUUGUACAAAAAUGCUGAAUGUUUUAGUUUUAGAAGCUUUUUUUUGUAUUGUAUUUAUGUUUUUACAGCACUUUUCUUUGUCCAAACGUACCCCUGAAGGACUUGCUGAUGAAAACAUUUUAACUCAACCUAAGGUUAAGAUAUUUUGUGAAUAAUUACAAAUGUUGUUGGAAAAAUUAUGAAUGUCAGAUCUUUUUCCCUUCUUUAAUUUUUUUUUUUUUUUUAUUUCAAUCUCUAUGAAAAGUUCCACUACACAGUUGUACAAACUAUGCAUGGGAAAAUAAAGAGUCCUGGAGGACAUUUAAAGUGCAAAGCCCUGCCCACUUCUACUCUCUUAACUCAGCAUGGACAGGGGUGCAUUCAGUCGUAAACUUCAGAUCCUUAAUUAAAUGAACAAUUGUUUCCGCCAGAAAUGAUCUAACAUGAUUAAACUAAAUUGUUUUGUCUCUUUUAA